GUCCACUUUUCGCUUGAUUGUCGCGCGCUUGGCCCGUGCCUCCCGUCGUGUUGACCGCGACCAUACCACCAGCACCAUGGGCUGCGUCGCGUCCUCUGUGGAACCUGCAGGAAUAUCCGUCGAAACGCACAAGUUUGUCAACGCCAAUAAAGCUGGGACGCUGGCCAACUCGGCGCGCGUCAGGUUGAAGACGAAAGGGGACGAUGUGAUCACUGAGUCUCGCCAGCUCGGCACAGUCUUCUUUGGAUUGAAUGUGCCGUUCAAGGAGAUCGAUGUGCGGUCGACGCUUGGUGCUGGCAACUUUGGCGUUGUGUACGAGGCGUACUGCAAAGGCAAACGAGUGGCCGUGAAGAAGAUUUACCUCCGCGACACGAGCGAGAAAUCGAUCGAACUCGUCGACUUUGCGCAAGAAGUGGACAUCCUGUCGCAGCUUAUCCACCCCAACAUUGUGCACUUCCUCGGGGCUGUGCAGGAACACCCCAACUAUUGCUUAAUCACGGAGCUCUGUGAAGGCUCGGUUUUGGAUCUGCUCAAGCUGGUGGAAUCCAAGAAAGCUCGCGCGACGUGGGGGCUCACUCUCGACAUUGCCAACGACUGCGCUUCUGCAUGCAACUACCUCCAUUCCCUCAACCCCAUUAUCCUGCAUCGAGAUAUCAAGGCGGAAAACCUGCUCAUCACGGAAUUAUUUCGCUGCAAACUGUCCGACUUCGGCCUGUCCAGGUCGCUAGAGAAAGACGCGAUUGCCAAUACAGUGUGUGGGACUCCCCGAUGGGUGGCCCCCGAAGUCUACCGCGGCGACGUGUACUCGGAGAAAAUCGACAUCUACUCCUACGGCAUAGUGUUGUGGGAGCUCUUUUGCUUCAAGAAACCGUACUUGGACCAAGAUCCCAUCAAUCUGCCCUACAUGGUGGUGCACAAGAACCUGCGUCCGCCGUUGUGUGCCCACAUCCCCACAGUGCUGCACGACCUGAUGAAGGCAUGCUGGCACCCCGAUCCGUCUCAACGUCCUUCCUUCCACGCCAUCCGGGGCCUCUUGGACGCCGCGCGAAAAGAGGUCAUCCUGAACUUGAGUAUCGACACCACCGUGUCGUAUGACGAAGCAGUUGCCCAAUUCAACAGGAAAAGCUCGACAGGAAUGCGGGUCGGGUUUGGCCUCAAGUCUGGGCUGCUAUAAUAAUAUAUUUACCUGCCUCUGCCACAGGCUGUGCGCUGGC